AUGCAUGACAGAGGGGAGGAGCGAUGAUCCACCACAAAUGAAAAGGAAGAACAUGUGGAUAAGAUAAGGGGCUUCAUUACAUGCCAUAUACUAAUCAAAUCCAAGAAUAAUACCAUGUAUGGACAUUAAACAUGUCUAUGUUAUAUUUUAGGGGCCCCUUCUUUGUGUAUGUAUAUAUGAGAGUGGUCAUUAGGUUGCGCUUUAUGAGGUGAACUUAGCCCAGGCUAAGGACUUACACGAACAUGAUGCGCUAUUUGACACCCCAAUGUUGAUAUUUUUUGUCAAUCAAUAAGAAAGUUUAUAUUUUUGCACCACACAUUAGAAUAUUAAAGUGGUAAUUUGUGUAAUUUUUGAGACCAUUAGUGGAAGGCCUAGUGUAUGUGUUACGAUUAUUCUCUUUGAGCUUUUAUGUUUUAUGUAGAUAAAUAGUUUGCAUGUUCUGCUAGAUUUAAAGAGACAAUCUGCGUGUAUUUCAGACUUCUAUUAUAACGUGAUGGUGAAGACUUUUGACGUCACACCGAUCUGAGUACUUAUCCUACACGUUGCUCGCAAUACCGUCGUUGCUUCUUUCCCUUUGACCAUUUGCCAUCGAAGUCAUCACCAGUCCUCUCUGGCAUCGUCUUCGAAGGUGGGCUAAUAAUGGUGACGUGGGCAGUCUCUCCAAUCCACUAGAGUAGGAAACCAGACGUGGCCUGUGGUUUUCUUAUGCUUCGUUGACCAUCAGUGGGCACCAGUCUGUCGGGCGAUGCAAUUUUACAGGCCCAAUGUUUCUGACCGAUGUCUUUCCCUAAGCCGCUGUUGGCCACAGGGACCAGAGGUGGGGAAGAAGGCGGCAAUGGUGAAGAGAGGAGGAGCCGCCCGCCGUCUUCUCCCACCUACCAUCCCCCUGGAGUCCCUAUAAGGACAUAUCUUCGCAUUUGGUUCCACCCGUCAACAAAUCAUACCUCAGAGAAGCCUGGAAGAGGAAAGACAUCAAGGCCCGCCGAGAGGACAGGGUUGA